AGAGGGGGGGGAAUUUGUGUGUUUAGGGACGUGUUUCUCCUUGCAUGAUUUCAUCGCUGUCUGCUCUCUCUGCUCAGACGUGUUGUGUCCCAUCGCUCUCUCACUCUCCAAGUAUGCUCCCCUUCCAAGCAGCUCCGGGUCAGUUUGGUCCCGAGGUCCGAGAACUGGGCCUCCGAGUGUGGAGGGUGGAGAAGCUGAAGGCGGUGCCGUUGGAUUCCUCUGAAGUGGGAGCAUUUUAUAACGGGGACUCAUACCUGGUGCUGGACAACAAGGGUCCAGGACAAGUCCACAUUUGCAUGUGGUUAGGUGAGAAGUCAUCCAGGGAUGAACAGGUGGCGUGCGCCAUGCUGGCCACACAGCUGGACAACUUUUUAGGCGGUGAGCCGAUUCAGCACCGAGAGGUUCAGGGCUAUGAGUCCCCGGAGUUCAUGACUCUGUUCCCAAGAGGGGUCAGCUACAAGGAGGGUGGAGUGGACUCGGGCUUCAGGAGGCCUCAGGGCUCCGGUACAGUUCAAAGGCUGUAUCAGGUCAAAGGCAAACGCAACAUCCGUGCCAAGGAGGUGGAGCUUUCCUGGAGCAGCUUCAACAAAGGAGACUGCUUCAUCCUCGACCUGGGGGAGAUUAUUGUGUCAUGGAGCGGGUCGCAGGCCAACAUCUUUGAGAAGCAGAAAGUGCGUGAGAUUGCUUCACUGAUUCGUGACACGGACAGACACGGGAAAGCCAAAGUGGUGGACACGAGCGAGGGGGAGGAGCCAGAGGAGAUGCUGAAGGUCCUGGGUCAGAUGCCCGAGCUGGCUGAGAGCACAGAGGAGGACACCAAAGCAGACGCAUCAAACUCUGCCUCCCUUUUCAAGGUGUCUGAUGCAACAGGAUCCAUGACGAUAACCAAAGUGUCGGAGAAGAGCCCGUUCGCCAAAGAGCUGCUGGUACGAGGCGACUGCUUUAUUCUGGACAACGGAGCCAAUGGGAAGAUCUUUGUCUGGAAAGGUAACGGAGCAAACGCUGAGGAGAAGCAGGUGGCACUACAGAUGGCAGAUAACUUUAUCGACCAAAUGCAGUACAACAGGAUGAAAACUCAGGUGGAGAUUCUGCCGCAGGGGAAGGAGACGAUCAUCUUCAAGCAGUUUUUCAAGAACUGGAACUAAACCUUUUACAGGGUCAUUUGACAAAUUCUGCACUGGAUGAGAAGCUGAAUAUCUGACAAACAGACUGCUUCUGAUUAUAAAUUCAUUUUUUAUAUGCAUCGACUUGUAUGUACAUAUUUGUAAGGUACUGAUAGAAGCUUGUUUUGGACUUGGUAGAAUCAGAGGUGUUACUUUUCUAUACAAACACAGUGUGUAUUAUUGAGAUAUUACAGAUAUAAAGAGCUAAAAAAAAACCUCAUUGGUAAAAAAGUUUGGGUUUCUUUUUUUACAUUUGUUUCAGUGUCACAGAUUUGCCUGCAUUAAAAAAUAAACCUGAAA